CGUGGGACUCGCGGCACAGAAGGAAAUUGCGCUCGCGGGAGAGGAGCAGUGGAAUGAGUAGUGUCCGUCAGGGAGAGCUCCGGUUCACGGGUCUGCAUUCGGACAUGACCAAGUAGGCUGUGAUGUUUAGUGCCAAUUUCGCAGUUCAUGCUUUCGUAAUUACUUUUGUUGCUGCACCGUUGUCUAAGCUCGUGCGUGCGGCACCUCCAACUUAUGAGUAUGAGCUCCUCGAGUCGUAUCGCCUCUGCUUGGCCGAUGACCGAGGAGGAAUAUAUUGGCUGGAACAAGAUGUACCUGGAAUUUCGUGCAAGUACAUAUGGACAAAUGGCACGCAAGAGGUAUUCUGCGAAUAUACAAAUGGCGGAGAUUACGUGCGGACGACGUACCAACUUGACCCCAACGUCACCUUCCCGCCGCCGCGGAGGGCCAACUGUGACCUUGCCCGCUGGGUGCUAAUACGAGCUCCAAGAAGGUACUUAGAUUGGCGAUAUUGGGUCAGCAGAACGUCGCCAGUGCGCAUAACACUGGAGCAGGUUUCGUUUAGUAGAGGCCUGCCAUCGCUCAGCGACUUCGGCAGCCUUUGGAGUUUCUCUCUCACAAGGAGCCCCGAGUUCUUCCACGCUAAUAAUACAUCAGUGUUAGCUGAACUACCAUCAACUGUCGAAGAAAUAUCUUUUGCAAGAAAUAAUUUGAACACAGUUGACUUUUUUAACAGCGUCACGUUUCCUUCUUUGAAGCGACUAGAUCUUUCACACAAUAUUUUGACCUACCACCAAAACUUCGAUUUGCUCACAACCGCAGCACCCUUUCUUGAGGAGCUCGAUCUUAGUCAUAAUGCUCUAUUAUCGGUGGGUAACCCUUUGUGGAAAUUGUGUGUUCAACUUAACAGAUUAGACGUGUCCUUCAAUAGAAUAAGCGGAAGUAGUUGGAGCUUCAACCCCCAAAAUUAUACUACAAGUCUGAAAUUUCUCAACAUAUCCCAUUAUAAAGGAUAUCGAUCUCAACAAAGAUUUUUUACUUUUGGAUUUGCUUUUCCUCAUUUACAAACGUUGGACGUGAGUUAUUCGAAGCCCGAAGAUAAAAGGAAUAUCUGGAAACUAUCUGGACCAAAGCUGAAAAAUCUGUAUGCGUCUGGGUAUGAUAAUGUGCAAAUCGUAGGAAAAGAAAAUCUUGAAUAUGUUAGAAUGAAGAUGGUUAACGGCAGCUUUCCCAUUUUAAUAAAUUGUAGUAUCAAACAACUAGAUCUUUCCAACAGCAAAAUUAGGCUUAUAUCUAAUUUAGGUUUAAACAACACAACUGUGAAAUAUCUCGACCUCUCGAUGAAUGAAAUCAGUCAAUGGACAACAGAAAACAUAUUUGAAAUAGGAGAGCCGUGGGUCAAUCAUGUAAACUUCAGUCACAACAAAAUCCAUUUCAUGUCGCCAUCAAUGUUACUUUCUCUGCAAGCAUUAACAACUUUGGAUCUUCGGGAAAAUCCUUUAGAAUGCAACAAUUGCACCAUAUACUAUUUUCAAACAUGGCUUAAGAAAUAUACGGAAAAGUUUUUCAGUUUAAACAAUUCGUAUUUGGCCCCUCACUGUGGUUCACCAAUAGAAAAGAGACACGUCCUUAUUUUGGACGACGACUACUACCAGCAAAAGUGUUUUUCCAAUACACCUCUCCUCACAGGGUCUUCAUUAGGAGGCGUCUGCCUACUAUUGAUUGCACAAGGCUUUGUUUUUUACUACUUCCGGCAAAAAAUUAUUUUCAUUUACCAUAUGUACCGACUGAGAAUACGGCAAUCCAGUGAAGACCCGAAGAACUGCACACAUGAUGUCUUUAUUUGCUACAGUUCGUCGGACCGCGCAUUCGUGAUGAACAUCCUGGCUCCGUUCAUCGAAGACGGCCCAGAGAAGUACAAGGCCUACAUCCACGAGCGCGCCUUUACUUUGGGCUGCAACAUCGAUACGAACAUCGUCGAGGCCAUAGAGAAGAGCCGGCGGUCAUUGCUCGUGGUGUCACAAGCAUUCCUCGCGAGUGAGGUUAAUGGCUACAAUCAACACGAUAUGCUUUUCCAGUUCUGCAAAAAGGAAUACGACAUGGUGACGCACCGCGCUUUCGAGAGUAACCACGCCUACAUGGUGAUCCUCCGCUUCGGGCCCUUGAGUAAGGAGUCGCUGCCUCGCCCGCUGCGCCUCUACAUGAGCACGAAGACGUACUUGGAGUGGCCGGACGACCCCUCCCAGCUGGACGCAUUGGAGGUACGCAAGAGACUAGUAAAAGCUUUAGGCAGGAGUAUCUACGAGCAAGAACAGAAGCAAACUUGUCAAGAACAGACAAAGGAGAUGCAUCAGCCCGAGAAAAACGAGGCCACUCACCGUUUGACCGAAUGCAUUUCAUAUCGCAGCCAGGAUCCCUUGUAUACUUAGCAAAAUAAUUGAGCUUAACAGUACCAAUUAUAUAUUCCAAGGGGGAAAGCAUUUAUUUAUUAAUUAAAGUCAACAUAUUACAACUUAAAAAUUUCUACAAUACAUUUUAUUUAAUUAUUUAAUAAACAGGAU